GUGCUUCACCAUGAAAUUAUUUGUUUGUGUUGUAUUGAUUGCGAUAGUUAGUGUAAAUGCUGGUGGAUAUGGAGGAGGAGGAGGAGGUGGUCGUAGAAGAGGUCAUGGAGGUGGCGGUGGUGGUGGCGCUUUUGGAGGUGGUGCCUCAUCCUCUGCUAAUUCAGCAGCUUCAGCCAUUGGCGGCGGAGGCGGUUUUGGUGGUGGCUUAGGAGGUGGAGGUCAUGGUGGGGGCGGACUUGGUGGUGGUGGAGGCGGUUAUGGUGGUGGUGGUCAUGGGGGCGCCGGCCUUGGUGGCGGUAUAGGUGGAGGUGGCGCUUUUGGAGGUGGUCUUGGUGGUGGCUUAGGAGGUGGUGGUCAUGGUGGAGCCGGCCUUGGUGGCGGAAUAGGUGGAGGUGGUGCUCAUGGUGGUGGCUUAGGAGGUGGAGGUGGAGGCGGUUAUGGUGGUGGUCAUGGCGGGGCCGGCCUUGGUGGCGGAAUAGGUGGAGGUGGUGCUCAUGGUGGUGGUGGUUAUGGUGGCGGAGCCGGUGGCUUAAGUGGAGCUGGUUCAUCAGCAUCUGCUAAUUCAGCAGCUUCAGCCAUUGGCGGUGGAAAAGCAAGUGCUUCUGCGAGUGCUUCGGCAAAUGCUGCUGCCGGUGGUUAUGGUGGUUAUGGCGGUUAUGGACGUUAAAAAGUUAAAUAAAACUACAUACAUUCGAAUUACUCCAUCAAGACAUUAAAUCAACUUUAAACAAAAAGAGAAAUUUGUAAACAAAUCUUUUUGUCUAAUUCUUUUGUAAAUUUGUAUUGUUACUCUGGCAGAUUUAAUAUGUUCUUUAAUUCUCUCUCUCUCUCUCCUAAAUCCAAUAAUCAUAAACAUAAACAAAGUUUUCAAAUACUUUUUCUGGUGGGUGAAGUUAAUAUAACCAAAACAUUCAAAUAAAUAAAUUCAAAUUAAUAAAACAAAAGCUUAAAAUUUAAUAA